AUGCCUGUGACGGACUCGAAUUCCCACGUGGGAUUCUGGCUCAGUCCCCUGAGCAGCCCUGGAGUGGAGAAAGUCACCAGGGGGCCACAGUGGUCCUGGGCCAAGGGAAGAAACAAGGGGCCCCUGGGCAAGGAGGAGGCACCGGCCGAGAUGGACUCGGAGCUGGAGAAGCGGUUGAGAGCAGCUUUCCGGGACAAGCUGCGGCUGCUUGGGAGGGCCCCGGGGCAGCGGUGGCCCGAGGGAGCCCUGCCCAGGCUGUCCCUCCGCAGCCCAGCCGAGCUGCACGCAGUCCGUGGCAGGCCCCGGGACCCCGCCACGCUCCUGCCAUCAUCCACUCGUGUGCUGCUGAAGAGGCGGGAGGUGGCGGAGGUGGAGCGGGAGCUGCAGAGCCGGCGGCAGGUGAGGGCGGCCCCAGACCGUGCAAUCCCACAGGAGUUUCAGCAGCGGAUGCAGCGGCUGGCGCAGCGCCGGCAGCAGCUGGCCCGGAGACGAGAGCAGCACCGCGAGGCCGUGCUCAGAUCAGAGUCCUUCCUCAAGGUGGUGGUGGCCAGGCGGGAGCGGGCGCUGCGCCGGGCGGACGAGCAGCGGGCGGCGGAGCGGGCUGGGGCCGCCCGGCUGCAGCGGGAGCUGGAGCAGCUGCUGCGGCGCAGGGAGCGCCUGGCCCGGCGCCUGCGGAGCCUCCGACCCUUCGGGGACUACCUGCGGGACGUGCUGGCCAGGAUGGGGCAGUUCCAGGACGUGUGGGCCAUGCUGGAACAUUUCACGGUGCUGGCGGGGGUGCGGGCAGCCCUGGCACGGGAGGCAGAAGCCGGGCAGGAGCUGCUGGCCCAGGGCAGGGCACAGCUCGAGCAGUACCGUCAGGAGAGCAACUCCCAGCUCCUGGGCACCAGGGACGAGCUGGCUCGGCUCCACACGCGUCUGGAGGCUGCUGGCCAAGAUGUGCUGCAGUGGGAGUCCCGCUGGACCCACAUCCAGAGCACAGCCAUCCAGAGGACCCUGCUCCUGGGGCAGAUCAAGCUGGCUGUGCUGAACCUCUUCCAGCAAACCACUGCACAGCUCAGGAUCCCCACGGACAGAGCCCAGGAGGACACAAAGGCCCAACUGGACGUGGUGCUGCUCUGCAUGCAAGCCCUGGCUGAAAUCUGUGCCAGGGGCAGACACCCACAGAACCACAGGAGUGCCAGGCUAUUUCAGGGCCAGGAAUAGCCCCUGGGAACACCAGCUGCUCCUGGGGCUGGGGAGAGGCUGCCAGAUCCAGCAUGGAGCCACAGGACCCCUGGGGAUGGAGGUAAUUCCCAGCAAGUCUGGAAACCCCAUGUCAAGAGACGACACGCAGGGCAGUGGCACAGGCACACUGGAGUGGCACCACACCCAGGCACCGCCAGGGCACUUCCCAGGUUCCCUCCUGCACAAAGCACCCUGGGCAGGGGGAGGGAGCUGCUCCAAGCAUCUCUGAAGGUGUUUCACAUCAAAAUACAUCCAGCUAUG